AUGUUUGCCCUCCGAAACCUCCUCGUGGUUGGCCUCGCCUCCAUCUCUUUCCUGGGUGUCCAAGCAGCACCUACGACUUCCUCAAAAUGCGUGGAAACAAACUUGAUCCAGAACCCCAGUUUCGAAGCUGCACGGUUCUCACCCUGGAUUAAUUUCCACGGUGCCACGGCCGGCUCGUCUGGCGAUGUCAAGGCUCAGGAAUCGAAGCGAUACUUCAUUGCGAACCUGGUGCCCGUCGAUAACUUCAUCUCGGUGCGGCAGCCCGUGACGGACCUGACCAUUGGACAGUCGUACUCGCUCAAGUUCUGGUACGGCCUCGGCACUCACCAGCAAUUGCACCAAGAUGUGUGCAGCCUCUCGGUCACGCUCAACGGAGAGGUGGUAGGCGACGCCAUUGACCUGGUGCCUGCCACAGCCGGCCACUUUCAAAUGGCCGAGAGGAUCUUCACCGCCGACACCACGAUCAAGACGGUUAGAUUCGAGUUCAACUGCGGCGGCAGCAUUGGCGAGGUGGACGCUCUCCUGGACAAUGUCUCCUUGGCAGCUCGCUGCUCCUGA